GUUUAUGCAACUGGCCCACAGGAUACCUUCCGUUUCCAAACUGAAACCCGCUGGUAUGUCACUCUUCUUUGUUAAGUUCCUUCCUUAUAGCACUGGUCAAAGUGUUCUUCGCUUUGUACACAAAACUACCAGCUAAAUAAAAUAAGUAUUAGCAAGCUCAACAGUUGCGUAAAUAAGGCUAGCAAACAGCUAACCUCGACUAGCGUUAGCCGAACAAAGUGUCCCAACUGGAAACCUGGUUGCAGUUUAUGCUCUCUAUUUGGCAACUUAUUUCAUUUAAUGAGUCGUGUUUAAACCGCCAGAAUCAAUAGUUGGUGGUGUAUCGAAUUGGUGUUAACGUUGUCUUAGAUUUUUUUGGGGGGGUCCACACGGUCCCAAUUCAAAGUUGCACAAUGUCACAAAGUAACAUAGUUUUGAAUACGUUUUAGCAGAUCGUUUAAAAAAUGAAAAUGGCAUUUGACCAGCUGCUAGUAUUGUUUGAUUGUUAUUAGUAUAUCUACUCACCUUAUCUGGUUAGCUUUUGGCAGGUCACGUGCCUACAGAUGUUGCUGACUUCAUCGUUGUCAAUGGAAACGCACUGAAAGUGGAAUCGUCAGAAAGUUCCCAUCAUGCAGUUGGAGGCUCAGCUGCGUCUUUGUCAGAGUUGUCUUUGGUGCUGCAAAAGCGGGCUGCGUCUCCUCUCCCAGAGCUACGCACACAGAAAAGCUGUGAACUACUACGAUCUACUGGGAGUCAAAUCCAAUGCCUCCUUGGAGGAAAUUAAAAAUGCAUUUUUUAACAAAUCUAAAAAGCUGCACCCAGAUAGUGACCCAUCCAACCCAGAGCUGCACAGCCUGUUUGUGCAGCUGAACGAGGCCUAUCGAGUGCUGAGCAAAGAUCCGAGCAGGAAGGAGUAUGACUUCAAAAUCAGACGUCCAUACAGCGGAGGCCAAGCCUUCGGAUCGACCUCCAGUCACACCAGCUACAGAGCCAGCACGGAUCCCCAGGAGAACUUUCGUUACUGGGAGCAGUUUCGUCACUCUCAAGCACAGGAGGUGACGGCAGAGGAGUCGCAGAGGAGGAGGAGGAGAAACUUCCGCCUGGUGGGCUACUGCUUCGUCACCAUGGUGCUCAGCAUCGGGGCCCACGUAGUCUUCUUCAGGACUCUGGAGGAAGUUCACAAUAACUUCAUGGACGAGAAAGACCGCGUCAUCACCGAAAUCUACAAUGAAUCCAAAGAGCGGGCCAAGGCCAACGGUUUUAAGAAGCAGACUGAGAUCCUGCGGCAGAAACACGCAGAGUUUCUGGAGAAGUACAACAUGCGCAACGAUGGAGACGACAAGUAGGAGAGCCAAGCGGUUCGAGUGGUGAACUGCCAGCAGGUGCACGGUGCCGGACUGCGUUCUUGUUUCUAGUUUCUUUUAAACCUGUAUUUAUUGAACAUGCUGGUGUGUGUGUGUGUGUGUGUGUGUGUGUCCUCCGUUGUGAGGAUGAGGACUUUGCGGACACACAGAGCACGCGGCAGGGUGGGGUGUGUGUGUGUGUGGGGGGGGGGGUCAUCUGGUCAUACAGGGGUUUCUUCAUUAGACCGGUCAAUUUGCUUUACUGCAGGAUGUCUGCAGUGAUUGUGAGGGUCAAAGUGAUCCAGCUACACAAACGUUUCCAGCAUGUGUGCAAAGGAGCCACAACAAACACGCGUGUAAACUGCCCGUAGUGAUCUGGCAGGUGAUCGACCUCUGUUUCCUUCGCCUCGUUGCUGUGCUCGAAGAUUUUGGCCAAUUAACGGCGGAUGGGUUGAUGAUCUGGUGGAGACUAAACGCGGCAGCCGCGAUGCCGAUGUGUUUGAUGCUGAACAAGACUUUUUGUAGUGAUUUAAAUCACUUAUUCAUUUGCACACGAGAGGACGUUUCCACAAAUUGGUUCAAACGCGCUACGUUUUCCAUUUUUCUUUUCCCGGGACAUCGGCAUGAAACUGCUCAUUGUUCCCUCUGUUACUGUAGGGAUGCAGCACAGAGAAGGACUUCCUUUCCAGCAACAGUCAUCGUAAGACUUUAAAAGAGUGCCGCUGAGUAUUUAAAUAGUCAAACUAUUAUUUUAACAAGGGGACUAUGAAAAUGUUUAUAUACUGAUUAUCUCGGCACUUAUCUGCUGAUCCACUCAGUUUUUCAAUAUUAUAGAUUGUCGCCUUAAGAGAUGUCAGAGGGAAAUGAUUAAAAGAAACUUUAACUCACCGAU